AUGUUGUAAAGUAAAUCUUUAAAGGAGAGACUGAAAUGUAAAAUAGAAUUUGGUGAAGACGAAGAGAAGCCAGAAAUAAUUAGUUUGAGUGUUGUAGAUGAUGCUAUAAAAUUUGAGGAUAGAUAUGAAUCAUUAUAAGUUUUGGGUAAGAAUUUAAGUAAUGUAUAGGAUAGGGAGCACAUGCUAUAGUAAAAUUGGCAAGAAGAAAAGAAACUAAUGAAUUGUAUGCAGUAAAAAUAACAAGAAUGAAUAAUGAGGAAAUAUAUAAUAAUGUGAAGAGAACAUUUAAUAAUGCUCGUUGUUUGAGACAUCAAAACAUUAUUUAGGAGAUAGAAUUAUUUAUAAAUGAAAAAUAUUGUAGUGCAUGUUUGGUUAUGGAAUAUUGUCCAUAUCCAACAUUAGAAUCAAUUUUAAUAGAAAGGAAAACUUUAAGAGAAGAUGAAACUAGAUAAAUUAUAAAAUAAUUAUUAACUGCAAUAUAACACAUACAUAAUAAAGGAAUAUGUCAUAGAGAUAUUAAACCAGAUAAUAUUUUAGUUAAUAUAGAGGGUGAUUGUGAAUUAAAAUUACUUGAUUUUGGUGUUUCAAGAAGAUUUUUAUAAAAAAAUUAGUAAAUUGAAAUGCUCACUAAAACAGGCAAUAUAUAUUACUGCGCUCCUGAAAUUUAUCAUUAACCUCAUUAUUCUAAAGAAAUAGAUUUAUGGAGUAUAGGAGUAAUUAUGUUUUAAUGUAUGACUGGUGAAUUGCCAUUGCAUUCAAAUUCAAUUAAUGAUUAAAUUUAAUUAUUAUAAACACCAGAAUAAUGGAAUUUCAAAAAUAAAGUUAAAGAAGAAUCUCUUAGUGCAUAAAAUCUAUUAUUUAGACUUUUGUCAGCAGAUCCAAAAAAACGGAUUACUCCAAUAGAAGCAUUAGCUCAUCCAUUUAUAGAAAAGAAUCAAAUAUAUUCUACUAUUGCUAUGUUUUCAUCAACAAAAAUUAUUGAUGAUGAUGAAGGAUUAGUUAAUAAAUGUAAAUCUUUAUAGACAAGUUUAUCUAUAAAUUAAAAAUAGAAUUUGCAUAGAGCAUUAAAAACUUUACAUCUUGGAUUAGAAUAUUAAGAUAUAGUUAUAGAAGAUUUAAUAUAUGAACUUGGUAAUAUUCAUGUAGUCUAAAAGAGAAAUGGAGAAAAUUAUCCAGGUUUAAUAUAAUUAAUUAAUUCACUUGGUAAUAGUUCAGGUAAUAAUUAAAUUGAAACAAAUAAUAGUAAUGGAAAAUGCAAUUUAGGGAUAGGAUCUUCUCAAAGUAUAUGUAAAAAAAUAAUCUAUAAUUAUAAGUAUCAGUUGAAAAUUAGACAUAAGAUUGUUUUGGAGAUCUUUGUAAUAUCUAAUCCAGUGUUGAUCUUGGUAAUACAGGAGUAAAUUAAACUUAAUUUGAAGAGAAGAAAAGAAAUCCACUUUAGUAAUUUGUAAAUUAGAUUGGUGGAAAAGUAGAAUGUAGUAUUGAUAUCAAUUUAACUGACAGCAUUCAAGAAAAUGGUUCAAUUAAUAGAUAAAAUCAACUUAUUUCAACUCUUGAUCUUUUGGGAAUGAAAGAAUGUGAUGAAGAAGUAGAAAAUACAAUGUGA